ACGGGAAUGUAAGACGACUUCCCCUACAUAUAUAUGCUGACGACACACACCGUAUGAGGAAAAACGUGUAAAAAUAUCCACAAAAUAAUCGACUGGGAUUGGGUGGGUAGCGGAAUUAAUCCACCAUCUAAAAUUCUAGGGUUUUCAAUUGCCCCUAAUCUAACUCUACAAAAGAUUCAGAUCACACCCCAAAACCUGAUUCUUCAAAAAAUUUGUUUAUUGUUUAUAAAAGUUCCGUUCUUUUAUGUGUUUGGUGUGAACUGUUGCGAGAUUUAGCAGUUGAAAAAUGGCGAGUGCGGGAGAAGCAGAAGCGGAGUACGAGAGCGACCCGGAAGAGGCGAAGUUGUCGUUGAAGAUGCGGAGGAGAGAGGCGAGCGAUGACGAGGAGGAGGAAGAAAGGGAACCGGAGGAGAGAGAAAAUCCCCAUCAGAGGAUUGAAUCUGACGGCGAAUCGGAGGGACAAGGCGCUGCUGCCGAUUAUGACGAAGAAGAAGAAGAAUACGAUGAUGAAGAGUACGGGGAGGAUGAGGAGGAUGAGUACGAGGAAGCUGGUGGAAUUGUUGGCGAUGGUCACGAGGAAAGUGUUACGGAGGAUGUUGAGGUUGUAGCGGAGGGUGCUGAUGGAGUGAAGGUGGUUGUGGGCGAAGGAACAGGGUCAGGUCAAGGGAUUGCUGAUGGCAAUGAGAAUAAUGUGCUGCCGGGGGAGGAAGAGGAGAAGAAAGAGAAUGAACCCUUUGCAGUGCCCACUGCUGGAGCGUUUUACAUGCACGAUGACAGGUUUCGAGACAAUGCCGGUGGACGACACAGGCGAACUUUUGGUGGAAGGAAGUUAUGGGAAUCAAAAGAUGAUCGGAAAUGGGGACAUGACAAGUUCGAAGAAUUGAGCGUGGAGGAGAGGAAUUAUGAAGAGGGUAGGAGGGCUUCAAGGGGUCGUUAUCGUGGACGAGGUAGAGGGCGAGGGCCUGAACGUGGAACUGUGCGAGCACGAAGACCCAAAGCUGACAUCAAUGACAACAUUCAGGGCAACGAUAAUAAUCAGAAGAUUCAAAAUAAUACUUCAAAGGGUAUGCGAGGCAGGGGUCCUAGAAGGUAUCGGCCCUCAUUUAAGGACAACAUUGGUGCACCACCUCCACCAAACAAACAAUCUGGUCUGUCAGCUGAGAAACUUUCACAUCACAGCACAGCCAAAGCAUCUACUCCUGUAUCAAAUGUAGAAAAUGAUGCAGUGGCAGCUGCUAAGCUAAGCUUUGUGUCAAGCUUGAAUUCUGCUUCUCCUCCAUUUUACCCCUCUAGUUCCUCCACUAAGGGAAUCACUACAAUGGACAAGAGAGAGUUGCAAACCGGGACAAGUAGCCGCAGUGCUCAGCCUUCUGUUUUAGGAGAUAGUUCUGCUGCUGCACGAUCAACUGUAGUGCUGCGAGGGAAGAAUGUUGGUGAUUCUAUUAGCCUUGACAAGCUUAAUAUUGCUGAUCCUAUUACUGCAGUAGCUGCGAAACCAUCAUCUGGUUUGCAGUUGCCUCCUGGCUCCUCAACAAUAAAUCCUACUCAAUCUCAGCCAUUGAGAGGCCAAGGAAGAGGAUUUAAUGCAAUGCCACUUGUAAACUACCAAUCUCCUGUAAUAAAUAACCAAUUCAACCGAGUUUCUCAGCCGACAAACCUCUCCUCUACUCAUAGAAAUCCUGUUCAAAGUCGAGGACAACCUUCUUUCCAGGUUGCUGGUCAGCAGUUUGCUCAGCGAUCUGGUACUGGAUCUCAAGGUUCAUCUCCCCCAAAAACUGGACAGUCUAUCUCUGAAACUAGAGAGAUUGAAUCUUCUUUGGAUUCAAGUAAAUCAAAGAGUGCUAUGGUUGCAAAAGGAAAAGGCACUCUUCAGAGCACUGGAAGGGGAUCAGUUCUGCAUGGCGGAGCUCAGGUUAUGGGUGCACCUGGAAGUGUUGGUAGUGGCGAUCAGAACUUUCCUGCAUCACCAACCUUUUUGCCAGUCAUGCAAUUCGGGGGACAGCACCGCGGUGGCAUUGGAGUUCCUGCUGUUGGCAUGGCCUUUCCUGGAUAUGUUGGUGGUGGUUUGGGGAAUUCUGAGAUGACAUGGUUGCCAGUUUUAGCUGGGGCUGCUGGAGCAUUAGGUGCAACAUACUGUUCGCCAUAUUUUGCUGUUGAUGGUGCUUAUAAUGCUCGCCCAUCUGGGCAAAUAUCUUCUCUCACUGCUGCUCCAAGCAAAGAGAACAAUACCGGUAAACCAAAUAAUGAAUGCAAUCCCCAACAGAGACCAGAGCUCUCAAAUGACGACUUAGGUCAGCGUCAGAAGAAUCCUCGCAGAUAUACAGAGAUGAAGUUUGAUCAGUGAGCUUGUUUGUAGGUUGAAGCUGUUUAAUAAGCAGAUUAAGGCAUUCUCCCAGACCCUAUGCUCUCCGACUGUUGAUGGACUCAUCUAGGGCUCUCAUGUGUUGUGAUGUAUUUUAGGUUUACAUGACAAACGCCUGCUCAUGCUGCUUCACUUGCAGGAUACCUGCAGCUUGACGGGUGGCAGUUAUUUGUUUAAAUAUGUGGUUCUUGUGGCUUGGUUUUUCUUUAACUGAAGGAAUUGAGAAUUGUUGGUUGGUUUCUUCAAAUGAUGACGAAAAUAAUGGUAAAACUCUGGAAGCGAUUGCAGCUGUUUUGUUAUUAUGCGAAGUUCUCCUCUUCUGAAUAGAUUGCCCUAGUGUCUUCCCAAGUUCUCCGUUGGUGGCCUUAAGUUACUACUUAUUUGGUGGAUACUUUCAGGGUGUUGUAGUUAAAUAUUAUGUUAACAAGAGAGCAUAGCUUGCUCAGAUGUUGAAUAAUAAAUUUUGUUACAAAAAUACUUUUGUUUCUCCAAUUUUAUGCACAUAUGGAAUUGAUGAUGGACCUCACUGGAUUACUUUCUA